UAUACAUCACAAAACAGAAGUAGUAACAACAAAUAAUAGUGCAAUUCAGUGUAUAAGAAGAUUUUGGAUUUUAAACAAAAUAAACAACAGGAAUCUGUGGAAAUUUAGUAAAGAGUAGUCUAGAAGCCUGUGGAUCAGUCUGUCAGUAGUAUACGAUACUUCAGUUUCCCAUUUUACAUUUAACAGCACGAGCUUCAACAGUGUUUCCCUAUUCACCAGUAAAAAGCAACAAUCAUUCAUCAUGAUGCGCAUGUUCACCGGCUCCCUGCGGCGUACUGCCAGGAUCAACCAUGUCCUGUGGGCGCGCUCCUACGCCAAGGAUGUGAAGUUUGGACCUGAGGUAAGGGCGAUGAUGCUUCAAGGAGUAGAUGUCCUGGCAGAUGCGGUGGCCGUGACCAUGGGACCCAAGGGACGCAACGUGAUCAUCGAACAGAGCUGGGGCUCCCCGAAAAUCACCAAGGACGGCGUGACGGUGGCCAAGUCGAUCGCUCUGAAGGACAAGUUCCAGAACAUUGGGGCCAAACUGGUCCAGGAUGUGGCCAAUAACACGAAUGAGGAGGCAGGUGAUGGCACCACCACGGCCACCGUUUUAGCCCGCGCCAUUGCCAAAGAGGGCUUCGAGAAGAUAUCAAGGGGUGCCAAUCCGGUGGAGAUUCGACGCGGGGUGAUGCUGGCCAUCGAGAAUGUGAAGGACAACCUGAAGAAAAUGUCCCGUCCUGUCAGCACUCCCGAGGAGAUCUGCCAGGUGGCGACCAUCUCGGCCAAUGGCGAUAAGUCGGUGGGCAACCUCAUCAGCGAGGCCAUCAAGAAGGUGGGUCGGGAUGGGGUGAUCACGGUGAAGGACGGCAAGACCCUCUGCGACGAGCUGGAGGUGAUCGAGGGCAUGAAGUUCGACCGGGGCUACAUUUCCCCUUACUUUAUCAACUCCUCCAAGGGAGCCAAGGUGGAGUUCCAGGAUGCCCUGCUGCUCUUCUGCGAGAAGAAAAUCAAGUCGGCCCAGAGCAUUGUUCCAGCUCUGGAGUUGGCCAACUCCCAGCGCAGGCCACUGGUUAUUAUAGCCGAGGAUCUGGAGGCGGAGGCUCUGAGCACCAUGGUGGUCAAUAGGCUGAAAGUGGGCCUCCAGGUGUGCGCGGUGAAGGCUCCUGGUUUUGGGGACAACCGCAAGGAGAUGCUGGCCGACAUGGCCAUAGCCACUGGUGGCAUUGUCUUCGGAGAUGAAGCAAACCUAGUGCGAUUGGAGGACGUCAAGAUGAGCGACUUUGGACGCGUGGGCGAGGUGGUGGUCACCAAGGACGACACCAUGCUGCUCAAGGGCAAGGGGCAGAAGGCAGAGGUGGCCAAGCGGGUGGAGUCCAUACGCGAGGCCAUCAAGGAGUCCACUUCCUCCUACGAGAAGGAGAAGAUGCAGGAGCGACUAGCGCGUCUGUCCUCUGGAGUGGCCCUGCUCCGAGUGGGUGGCUCCAGCGAUGUGGAGGUAAGCGAGAAGAAGGAUCGCGUCCACGACGCCUUAAAUGCCACUCGAGCAGCCGUGGAGGAGGGAAUUGUGCCCGGCGGAGGAACCGCCCUGCUGCGGUGCAUCCAGAAGCUGAACGACCUGAAGGGCGCCAACGAGGACCAGAACAUGGGCAUUGAGAUCAUCCGGCGGGCACUGCGAAUGCCCUGCUUAACCAUAGCGAAGAAUGCAGGAGUGGAUGGAGCCAUGGUGGUGGCCAAGGUGGAGAUCCUGGAUGGGGAUUACGGAUACGAUGCCCUGAAAGGCGAGUUUGGCAACAUGAUUGAGCGGGGCAUCAUCGACCCCACCAAGGUGGUGCGCACCGCCAUCUCAGACGCCGCCGGAGUUGCCUCGCUCCUAACCACCGCUGAGGCAGUGGUCACCGAGCUGCCCCUGGAGGAAGCCGCUGCUGCCGGAGCAGCCGCCGGUUUGGGCGCCCUCGGAGGCAUGGGCAUGGGCGGAAUGGGCAUGUAAUCCAAUCCUAAUCUUAAUCCUUUUACCGCCAUCUCUUGUCCAAAUUCAAAACACGGGAACGUUUACCACACAUGACAAAUGUAUCUACACUUUUACCACAGUUGCGCGCUGCUUAUGGAGAUACCUUGAUUUUAAAUAAAUGUGCACUUAUAUUUUUGUCUGAAA